ACAAUCUUUCUGGGAUAAACUUUGUGUUCAUCUAUAAUAAAAAUUAAAACUGAUAUUUCAGAAUGAUGAAUCUUCUCAGAAAUGGCAAUAAGCUGUUCACAUUGAUAGGAUUUCAUCUUGCGCGAAUGGACUUUCUUGCACUAAAAGCGUUGAACGACAGUGCUAUGGUCAAACUACAUUUCCGGGAUCUGGAUUGGGAAAAGUAUAUUGCAAUUUACAUGAUGGCAAUUAGGAAAUUUAUUCUAAAACAAGAGUUUAAGUCAACAGCCCGACGGCGAUUAUCAAGGAUAAUCCAAAAUUGGAUAAUAGCGGUCAAUUUAUGGAAUGCGAUCGUUAAUGAAUUUUCAUGUACGGUGCAGAAGAAAAUGUUUAACACGUUGAAAAUAAAAAUUACUGAACGAAAUAUAAAAAAGGAUCCGAUAUUUGUCAGAAUGCCAACGCACGUUGACUUUCACCUUAAAGUUCAAGGCGAAAUCCUUUUAUUGCAUCGUAUUCUAUUCAGCAUGAGUAUUAUAAAUCUGAAACUCAAUCGUUCUUACGGAAAAGAUGUUAAGCUUCCAUUAGCUCCCGAACUCACUUCAUUUGUAAUGUACUUAUAUUUUGCUCAUAUUUUACUACUCCACGAAAGCCUGCUACAAACAAUCAGAAAACAAUUCCCGGAGCAAAUAUACCAAUUAAUAAAAUCCUACUUAAACAGCAGAAGUAUGAGCAGACAAUUAGGAGAAGGUUAUUCUACAUGCGAAGACGACACAAAAAUGUUAAAUAAAGUUUUUCUUCUUGCAGAUAUUUACCGAUCCAAAGGUGUAGAGUUAAACUGUGAUGCUGUAUGA